AAAUUAGAACCCCGCCCAAUAAAUCAAAUUAUUUAAAAAUCUUACUUACAUAUAUUCUUCCAUGCACUGUAGAUACAUUCAUAUAUAAUUAUAAAGAGGGAGGGAAACAAAGUGGCAAUUAUUUUAUAUAAAUGACAGCCUCUCCCUCUGGACCAUACAUUACAGCCUUGAGUGAUUGUCGUUGUCAUAACAGAUAGAUAUAUAGAUAUAGCUAUAGAUAUAAUCUCCGACAUUAAAACAUUUUACAUUCUCUUAUAAGAGAAUUAAAUUCUCCUCGUACGUCUUUGUUUGAUCCCUUCGUUAUCUUGUUCAUAUAUCAUCUUUUUCUUUUUUAAAAUUUGAAUUCUGUUAUGGGCGUAAGUAGUUGGACCCAAAGUUUGGUGCAAUCAGACGGGGCAGAGCUGCCAAAACCGCCGCCACCUACACGGCGGAGCCACCAACAAUCAGAGCUUUUAAAGUGUCCAAGGUGUGACUCAACGAACACAAAGUUCUGUUAUUACAAUAAUUACAACAAAUCUCAACCUCGCCAUUUCUGUAAAGCUUGUAAGAGGCACUGGACUAAAGGUGGCACUCUACGUAAUGUGCCUGUCGGCGGUGGCCGGAAAAACAAACGGCUCAAGACAUCAAAUGCAAGUUCCACCACCACAGCCAGCGGCGCAGCCACCACAAAUCCCACUACCAACCCCACCACCUCAUCUAUUCUUCCCUUUGGUGCUUUUGGUACCGCCGAUAACAUUAGCAGCUUUUCAGGGAACUCUUUCACUGGAAAAAAUGGAUCAGCAACAAAGGAUCAAAACCCAGAAUUUCAAUUCUCAUCUUUAUUAAUCCCCGCCGGAAACUGCCUCGACGCGGUGGAGGAAUCAACAAUUACAACAGUCAAUCCGAGCACAAGCAGUACUGUCAUAGAAUUUCCAUGGGGAGAUCCAAGUACACACACCGCCAUGGACUUGCCAAAUUACUAUUGGAAUGAUAUUGAUUUUUUAACUUCAGCUGAUCUUAUCAAUUUAUCAUGGGAUGAUACAGAGAUCAAACCUUAAGAAAUCGAUCGAGUUCAAUCUUGCAGGUGGUUACUCGAAUCUUAGAUGAGUAUUUGGUAUGCAGUACUCAUGGAUUCGUUUUAUUCUUU